GAAAUAAUCGUUGAUACCUUCGGCGCCUGGUUCCUUUUCCUUGUGGACAAUCAUUAAAAGAGAAGCCAGUCUUCUUUGUGCUCGACCAAAGGGAUCCUUUCAUAACCCGGAUGAUAGCCCUUUCCGAUCUGCCUUGUUCUUUCCGAGGGAAUUAAGGCAAAAAAAAACCCUGCAUCAGCAUCUCACAAAAAAAGAAAGAAAAAAAAAACCUGUUCUGGGAAGAACCGUGGAUAUCUUGAUGCCUGAAAGCGCAAAGGCAAAGUCUCUGCAGUACUGCUAGUUCUUUCAUCUGGACGACGCACAAAUUUUCCGAGCUUUGCAAUCGGGUUGUCUCCCGUAUGCCGCCGCGUGGGACCUGAUCACAGGAGUGUGCGGCCAUGACCGAUACUGCAGAGCAACAGUCGACCCUAAAGGCAGCCAAGGACAAGAAUUGUCCUUUCUGCGGCCAAGCUUUUACCUCGUCUUCGCUCGGCAGACACCUGGACUUGUACGUCAAGGAAAAGAACCCGAAGCCGCCAGAUGGGAUACAUGAUGUUGAAGAGAUUCGCAAGAUCCGAGGAGGAAUCACCCGGAGGCAUCCGCGCAACUCGCUGGCGCGCCGGGAGACCUUGACCCCAGUCGGAACACCAAACACUACUAGGAAGAGCCCGGGCUCCGAUGCAGAGUCCUCCACGAGGUCGCCAGUACUUCCAAGGUCGGCCCACGGAUCCGUAGCCAGCUUGAAUCUCUCUGGCCCCCGCUGGGAAGGCACCGCCGCCAGUAAUGAUGCCGCUCCUGACUCGGCAAAAAGAUCGGUGCCAACACGGGCUAUGAGCAGGCAGAUGGUCAAGGCUCAGUUUGAAAUGAAGCAGAAGUUCCAAGACGCUAUAGAUACGUCUAAAGCUGCUGAGCUAGCGCUAAGGGAGAUCAUCGGCUCAUGGAGGGCCGCUAAGACAAAUGUCGACAUCAACUCAAUGCCUUUCGACUUUGACCCACUAUCUUUAGACUUUCCAGCGCUUACGCUUCAAUGCUUGAAGCAACCACCGACCUUGUUCUCUUCAACUCAGCAUCCCACUGCGACUUCGUGGUCCAUAUCCCCACCAGGCCAAAGGCAGUUCGAGGCACUCACUGCCUACUUUCGCGACGAGUUUCUGAAGUACAGAACCAAAUGCAUUGCCGCCGCGACAGCUGCGGAAGAAGACCUUGGCUACCCUGCGCAACUCAAACUUUCUCAGCCCGACCCCAAGGAGGCAGCCAAGAGAGCGGAGAAGGCGGUGGAGUCUCUGGAGGAGCAGGUCGCCGAACAUCUUCAGUCCGCCUACAGCGUCUGGACGAGUCUGGACCAGCAGCGCCAGUCGGAACUAUGGGUGCUCGAGCUGGCCAGAAGCGUAGGGCGCGGGCAAACCGAGCUGGAGAAGUUCAGGGAGGCCCAGCAGACGCUAAAGCAGGAGAACGCAAAGCUGAAAACCCAACUGGAGCAGUUAGGCCGCCUGCAGCAAGCGCGGGACUCGAGGAUUUUAUCGCCAACCACAAUUCCCAUGAAGGAGGCCAUGAUUGAUUACUUGGAGGAGCAGCGUGUUAACCACGGCCGCGUGGGCGUCGCCUUGAAAGCAGAUGACGGCCGGUCAGACCUAAGCACAGUAGUUGCGAGGUCCAUCGAAAAGUGGAAAACUGUCAUUGUUAAUGCGCGUGCAGCCAACAACAGCUUAAGCUCGCAAAAGGCUCUUGACGCAGGAUCUGGUCCACUUUCCCCGGCUUUGGUCACAGGAGGAUCGCAAGCUUCUCAAUCGCAGUCUGUAACAUCAGCCCCAGAGACUACACUUGCCGCUCAAACACAACAGCCAAGACCGCAACAGCAGCAACAGCAGCAGCAGCAGCAACAACAACAACACCACCCGCCGCCCUCGCCACUAGAAACUCCAACACAACAGCAUCAUAACCCAGUUCCUACCCUACAGCAAGCACCUAAAGGUCGCAACCUUGGCACCACAGCAACGCCAAGCCAGCCCAGAGCUGCCCAGACCACUGCCGUAUCACAACCUUCCUCGGUACCCGUCACAACUUCAGUGGCCUCUACAGAAGAUGCAGGUAGCGAUCUGGACGCCGAUGCUGAUGCCGAAAUGGAGGACGACGACGACGGGUAUGCGGCAAUGAACACGCCGGCGAGCCGGUCUCUACAAACUAUGCCAAUGGCUGUGAACCCGAGCCAGGAGUCGGAUGCCACGAAGCUCGAGGUUCCACGCACGCGGGGCCCAGGGCAGAGGGCCGCUGCAGGCAGUCCGUACGCUCGGAGCGUUAGCCAUGCUGCACCGAGCAACAGCCGGCCGAGAGGUGCCCAGUUGAGCAACCGUUCAGCGACAAACUUCAUCCCGGCGGUGCCGCGAAACCAGGAAGCCAACUCCAACACGAUGCCUUCGUUCCCGACGCAGGCAGAGAUGGGAAUUGCGGUUCCGGACAUGAGCGGUGAUCCCAUGUAUAUGGAUUAAUCAGCUUGCCAACUUUGUUUUCUUCGGGCAAGACUGAUUUCAUAUCAUCAGUUUUCUUUCUAUUUCUUGCUUUCUUUUUUUUUACUGAUUUUAAUAACUGUACUCAUUUGUAAAUUCUUUCGAACGACAAAAUACCCGAUUCCGACAUCCGCACGCGCGACUCGGAAUUUUGCCUGAUAACUCUUUUGUUAUUUUUCUUCUUUGAAACUAAUUAUAUAUAUUUUUAACUGAAAGGAUUGGGAAGGCUUGUACAUAGACGGGAGAGCCAUAUUUAGAGGAUUUGCGCCAACGCAGCCAAAAUACAAAUCUCCUUUGUUGGAUAUUACCCAAGAGGUUCUUAUGAUAACCGAU